AAUCGCGCGAGGUUUCCACAAAAUCCUUACGCGGGAACAUCGUGUAUACAAUUUAUUUCAAUACAGUACCGUCUUAUGUAACAAUAGAUGAUGGGAUCCUGUGAAGCAGAGUUUACAGAAAUUGACAAGCUCCGUGCUGAACUGCUAAACAAUGUCGAAGUCAUGCCAGGCUGCCAGCGUGUUGAAGAAGAAAUUACCUACAGGGAAAUUUUGAGCCGCAUUGAAAACGUAAUCCUAGGAAUAGUGACAAGUCUUUCCAAAGAUGAGAACCCUGUCCUGGCACUGCCCAACAGAUCCAGCUGGGCCAACGUCAGUUUUGACAGUGCCAUCGGGCUUCAAAUGAAUUCAGGAAGUUCCGUCACCAGCAUUAGGAGCGACAGUCCGUCGUCUGUUCAUAAAUUUGCGCAAAUUCUCAAGAUUUUCUUGGUCAUCUACAAACUUGUGCAGAGCAACUCGUAUGCGACCAAAAGAGACAUCUAUUACAACAACACACAGCUGUUUGGUUCACAAAAAACGGUUGAUAGUAUAGUGGAUGAUAUUUCCUGCAUGCUAAAGGUUCCUCGCAGAUCACUACAUGUGAUGGCCACGUCCAAGGGAUUAAUCUCAGGUGAUCUAUGUUAUCUGGAGGAGGACGGCACAAGGAUUGACUGCCGCUCCGGCUCUGCUGCUGUUGCAGUUUCAUCGAACAUUGGUGGGAUUAGAAAUAUUGUGUCAUCUGCAAAAUUUGUCAUGAUAGUUGAGAAGGACGCAACGUUUCAGAGACUACUGGAUGACGACUUCUGUGCAAAGCUGUCUCCUUGCAUCAUAAUUACAGGUAAAGGCGUGCCAGAUGUGAACAGCAGGUUGAUGGUGAGAAAGCUUUGGGACACGCUGCACAUCCCCAUCUUCGCACUGGUGGAUGCUGACCCUCACGGAAUUGAGAUCAUGUGUAUCUACAAGUACGGAUCAGUGGCCAUGUCGUUUGAGGCCCACAAUCUGACCGUCCCCAGCGUUAUGUGGCUAGGCCUCCUCCCCUCUGACCUCCAGAGGUUGCGGGUUCCCGAGGAUGCCCUGAUCCCCCUCACCAAGAGAGAUGAAAGCAAACUUAGCAGCCUCCUUAAAAGGCCAUACCUAACCAGCCAGCCUGACUGGCAGAAAGAGAUGGAACUGAUGCAGCAGACUCAGGUCAAGGCUGAAAUCCAGUCCCUAGCAGCCAUAGCUCCUGAUUUCCUCACCAACAUCUACCUGCCCAAUAAGCUGCGUUACGGGGGCUGGGUCUGAGCCCAAUGCUGCCUCUCAAUGGAAAAACAAGUGAACUGCUAAAGCUUGUUGCAAAACUAAAGAAAGAUCGUCCAUGUAACUGUCCUGCCUAACGUUGGCAGACAGAUUGAAAUUUUAAGUUGGUCUGUAAUGUUUGCAUAUUUAUUAGUGACUAUGUGUGUUUAUGUUUUGUAAUUGCGUUUCAGAAAUUUCUCCUCCUAUCAUUAAAGUCCUGUAAUCCCAUUGACAAGUCAGAGCAUGUUGUUGAUCUUUAUAUUCUUGUUGGCCUUGUUUAUAUUCCCAAAAUGUUUGGACCUUGCAAAGUCACUAAACACACUGUUUGUUUCAUUCAUGGAGUUAAUUUUUCUACAAUAAUGGUUUCAGCAUUGCCUUGCAUGAUUUACAGCCACUGAACACCACUGUGCUGGUGCAAAGACUGCAAGUGAGCAGAUGAUGAUGAUUUAGUGGUUUGGAACUGGAGUAUCUGUGAGGCUGUUCAUUCAUUAAUGCACAACAUACUGUAUAAAGGCUCACGUUGCUGUUCUUUGUGUAAUCGGUUCUCCAGCAGGUGGAGACAGUGUUCAUUAAAUGGAAGAAUUGGGCAAUAUUGUAAGCUUUAUCAGGGAAGAAAGAGGUAAAGACCCCACCCAUUAUAUGCUCUUAAUGUGGGUAAAUUGUCCUCAAACACAAAAAAAAACAUUUCACAACUCAAAUGUUUGGUAAAUGUAGACAGUCUUAUGACUAGUAGAGCCAUUCAGGAGGCACAUGCAUCACUGUUAGGCUAGACAGCCGGUUUCAAGGCCUAUCUUUAGAGAAGAGGGCCAUUUUAUAUGCGUGCUUCCUCUUUACGUAUUUAUUUACUUAAUUUAACCAUAACUAUGUAUA